AUGGCUAAUUCAGAUGAUGGAGCAGGAAAUUGGAUAAAGCAUUACAGUAGCAGGCAUAAAAUUCUGCUGGUGGGUGAGGGUGAUUUCUCCUUUGCUGCAUGCUUAGCCAGAUCAUUUGGCUCUGCUGCCAACAUGGUAGCUACUUCUCUGGAUUCAAAAGCAAAAGAUAGUGAUCAAGGUGUCAAUGAGGUGGCAAUAAAAGGGAAAGAAAGAGAUGAACUGAUGGUGAUUGGAGAGGAAGUUGAUUCAGUUAAGUUGGCUUGUAGCCUUAGAAAAAAGCUUCGGAAUGCUACCAUAGUAGAAAAGGAUGAAAUGGAAAUGGCUAAUUUAGAUGAUAAAGGAGAAAAAUGGAUAAAGCAUUACAGUAGCAGGCAUGAGAUUCUGCUGGUGGGUGAGGGUGAUUUCUCCUUUGCUGCAUGCUUAGCCAGAUCAUUUGGCUCUGCUGCCAACAUGGUGGCUACUUCUGUAGAUUCAAAAGAAAGCAUUUUUAGGCUGCACCAAAAUCUGGUCCAGGGCUUCCUGAGGAAUGCAAGUGACACGCUGACAGAUAGAGGAGAAGUUCACAUUACUCGCAAAAUUACUCAUCCAUUCAGUGAGUGGAAAAUUGAGAAGCUAGCAAAAGAAGUUGGGUUAGGAUUGUUCAGGGAAGAACCAUUUUGGCUAUGGGAUUAUCCAGGAUAUGGAAACAAGAGGGGAGAUGGAGAUAGAUGUGAUGACAGCUUUCCUGUUGGACAAUACACUACUUUCAAGUUUCGGAAGCCUUCUGUUCUUGCAGAUCAGUUUCCUGGAAUGUGA